AUGGACUAAUCAGAAUCAAGCGAUAGUACAUAACUUUUAAAAACUAUGACAUUAGAGGAGUUAGAUUUUGAAAGUUUUAGCGAAUAAGCUUUAUUAAACUUAAGAAAAGAGUUAUUACAUUUAGGAGCAGAUUGUGAAUUUUAGAGAGUCUUCAUUAAAGAUUUUGGCUUAAACAAAAUUUAGUUUUAUUUGCAAGAUAGGAAUAGCGAGUUUUAGGAAUUUAAAUUCAUCCUUAAAAAUUGCGAAGUAGGGAGUAUAGAUUAAUUCAAUAAUUGUAAUUAAACUAUUCAAUUAGAAAGAGACUAUAUUUUUAAUGAGAUAAAUGGAAAUCAAUUUUCUAUGGUUAUGUUUAAUGAAGAUACUAAAUAAAUAUAAUUAUGCAUAUAUUCAGCUAUUCAAAAAAUCUUACAUUGUCUGGAGCAUAAUAAAAAACAGUUUAUUUUAAACUCUGAAAUGUAAUAUCAAUCUAUGUAACAUUUCUAGUAAACUUAGUGCUAUGACAGUUUAAGUUAACAAGACAAAUAAAAUUACAAAUUAAAAUACAAUUUUAAAGUCCAACCAUUACUAUAUUGUGAAAAUAUCACAACUUAUUGCUUUUCAUUCUAAAAUGGUGAUUAAUUUGACGAUGAAGAAAUUAAUGAUAUAGAACGUGGGGAGCAAGUAGAUUAUUCUAAAUACUUCGAGUUUAAGAUAGGAAAUAAUUAAUUUGAAUAAAUAAAUAACUGA